AUGUUAGAAAAAAAGUUUGCUGACAUUGACAAGAAAUUUGAGAAUGUUUUAAACAAGAACAAGAGGAAGUUAGAAAAUGCUCAGAUAAAACCUAUACAUGACAAGUUCUUAUUUGCUCAGAAUGGUAUAACAGGUCUAAUUGCACCACCUGGGUCGGGUAAGACUUUCACUUAUCUUAAAAUGGCUGCACAACAACAAGAACUAGAUGAGAAGAACCCAUUCUAUGAGUUAGUAGUCAUUUGUAGUACUUCUGGUCAAUUUGACCAAACCGUCAAUUCGUUCAAAGAUAUUAUAAAGAAGUCUAAGUUAGUAUGUAUAAAGGAUACUGAGUUGUUAGAUUGGAUAAAGAAGUACCAAAGAAGAGUUUUGAAGUAUAAUGCUAUAAAUGAGUAUAUAAAUUCUAAGUUCAAAGACCCAAAUGAGGAAAUGCAGAGAAUAUUAGAGAAGAAACACUUCAGAAACAAACAGAAAGAGAUAG